AUGCAACAAGUUGGCACCGGUGAUUGUCCAUAUCUUAUCGAAUACUAUGGUGCAAUGAUUGAUACAGUAAGUAAAGAUUCAUGUGAAUUUUGUAUUAUCAUGUUCUUUUUGAAGGUCUAUAGUGAACUGUGCAUUUGUAUGGAGUUGAUGGAUACAACACUGAGAAGAUUCUAUCAAACUAUGCAUCAACUAGGAAACAUUGAUCCGAACAAUCUUGAUUUUCUUGUGCGUCGUGUGAUCCACAAUAUUGCUUCGGCACUUCAUUUUUUGGCUGAGAAACAGUAUCUUCAUCGAGAUAUCAAACCAGAGAAUAUACUUGUCAACGAUCGUGGCGUGUUUAAACUAAAUGAUUAUGGCACUUGUUGCGAUAUGAAUUUGGCGCAAACAGAUCCUAUAGGCACUAUUGCCUAUUUUCCACCUGAACUUGUACGGAAUCCACCAGCGCCAAGCUCCAUUCAAGGUGAUAUGUGGGCCUUGGGAAUUAGUGUGGUUGAAACAAUCCUUGGUCAACACCCGUGUCCUCUUUCAAAUGGCAUUGAACGGUUCUUGAUACUUACAGAAUGGAAUCGUGACAUUCUCGAAAGUAUAAUACCUGACGAUGUCCGAGCACUCAUUUUACAACUGUGA